CGGCACCGCUCAAACGUCAAAUUAGUGAACUCGUGCAUUGGUCCAUAGCGAGUACACAAACUUCCGUUGCACCAGAAGAUGUUGCGCGACGUUUCGUUGGCUAAAUGUUGCAUGACAUGCUUCGCAGUUUUUUGCCUCGUCUUUACCGCUCAGCUUGAAGCAGUCACACUUUGUUCUGAUGUAGGUAAAAAUCACCAUAUUGACCGCCGAAGCGUGUUUCAAUUCAAACACAAUGCCAGCGAACGUCAGCUUAGAAUGGGCGCGGAAAAACCCUCCAUAGUUAACGAUGAGCGGGAUGCCCCAAGAACUAGACCACAACUUCGUUCCUCGAAAAACUCCAACGUUGCUUUCGAUCCCACAAAGUACGCUUGUGGGGACCCAAGUAUGACCGAAUGUGUUAACAAAACACAAGUGUUCAAGGCCAGGGUACUCUCUGAAUUCAGAAGGAUUUUGAAGGAAUCUUUCGAAGAGAACAACUACUAUCGGGUUCACUACAACAAACCUAUUUUCGAUGGAGAAAGCGAAUUGUGCCGACUGAAACGAGCUGACGUUAGAACCCUCUCGUGGCGUGAUCCCCCAUUCAAUUGGAAUGAAAUUGGCAGCUAUUUCCCGUUGAACCCUUUGUUCAAAGAACGAAAUGCAUCAUGUGCCGUCAUAGCAAGUGCUGGAUCACUGAAAGGAUCGAGACUGGGCGAUUUCAUCGAUGAUCACGAUAUCGUGAUGCGAUUCAAUCAUGCACCGACGAAAGGUUUUGAGGUGGAUGUGGGUUCAAAGACAACCGUGCGGGUGGUGAACUCUCAGGUGGUCACAAAGCCAGAAUUUAAGCUACUCACUGCCAAGCAUUUUAGACACGUUUCGAUUGCGGCCUGGGAUCCGGGAAAGUUCGAUCAAAAUCUAGAAGAGUGGAUUAAAAGCCCGGACUUCAAUUUGUUCGAAAACUUUAAAAAAGUAUAGUGGAGAAGUAUCCUGGAUCAAACUUUCA